ACAAGCAACCACUUCAAAGCUACCUGAAUAUCCCCGUAAGCAUUACAUUUUCUUUUACAGUUGUGCACCGCAAGCCAUUACAAUGCAGUUUGACUACGAGGCCAUGGAGAAGAAGCGCCAGGAGCAGACAGAGCUCUGGAAGGGGAAGCUGAUCGGUAAGAAAUUUAUCGAGGAUGAAUCGCUGGUCUCCAGCAUUGGCGAAAACGAGUUUACGGCCAACCAGCUGCCACAGAGCCGCCGGAUCCUCAAGGGCGAGAAUGUGCCAAUGACCAUGGAUUUCCGUCCGGACAGGAUCAACGUUCGCCUUGACAAGGGCGGCAUUUGUCAGGACGUGUUCUUUGUGUAGAGCGGAGAACACCACAGGCGCCUCUAGUAUUUUUCAGA